CAACUUGCGACAAUGAUGCAGUUAGGAGCACCGCGGCCAAAUGGCAAAGUCAGCGUCGGAUAGGGGCAUUUACGCGCGAUCGUUCCCUCCCACUCUCAUACCCGCCCAAGAUUUGACGCAUCUUCUCUAUGCCUUUGCUGCGCUCGACUCGUCGGGCAAUGUCGCUCUCUCCGAUCCCUGGGCCGACGUCCAGGCCCACCUGGCGAACGAGCGAUGGGACGAGCCCGGCAACAAUAUGUUUGGCUGCCUCAAGCUCAUCUACGCGCUCAAGCAGAACAACAGGCACCUCAAGUCCCUCCUCUCCAUCGGCGGGUGGGGCAAAGAGCAGGCGUUUCACGCGAUUGUGGUCGACCCGGCGAAGCGCCAGACGUUUGUCAGGCGGUGUAUAGAGCUGCUUGAGGACCACGGGUUCGAUGGUAUCGAUGUCGACUACGAGUAUCCCUCGAAUAGGGACCAGGCGGUCGGGUUUACGCUGCUGUUACAAGAGCUGAGGAUGGCACUUGAUGAACAUGCCAACGCGAAGCGGAGAGCGGGGGUGCCAAAUGCGCAGAUAUGUCGGUUCUUGUUGUCGAUCGCUGUGUCCUGUGGUCCCUCAACAUACGCAGUACUUGGAGAACCUUUCCCGUCGUCGGGACAGAGUAUCGCCAGCGUCAUGGACCAGUCCCUUGAUCUAUGGAAUCUAAUGGCGUAUGAUUUCGCCGGUGCAAGUUGGAGCAAUGUGGCCGACCACCAAGCAAACCUCAAAGGUGAACAGCUUAGCGGAGAAGCCGCCAUCAACUGGUACAGCCGGCAAGGCGUCCCCCUCUCGAAGAUGGUACUCGGCCUCCCCCUCUACGGCAGGAGCUUUGCAAAUACGAACGGCCACGGCCAGCCGCACAACGGCUUGCCCGAAUCGUCGCGCUCGUCCUGGGAGCAAGGGGUCUACGACUACCGCGCUCUCCCCAUCCAAGGAGGGCACAUGCAUGAGGACCUGAGGAAAGGCGCGAGCUGGUCGUUCGAUCCGAGGCUCAAGGAGUUCGUCACGUUCGACAACGGGAACAUCGCCAGGAUGAAGGGCGAGUAUACCAAGGAGCGGGGUCUGGCUGGGAGCAUGUUCUGGGAGCUUAGCGGCGACAAGCGGGACGAUACGGAAGGGGACCGGGAACGUAAUAGGAAAAAGUUGCAGGGAAUCGGGAAGGACUACGUGGACGGGGACAGCCUGGUGCGCGUUGUACGGGAGACGAUGGGGCAGCUCGACCACACCUGGAACUGGCUCAGCUAUAAUGGGAGUAAGUAUGAUAACAUCAAGAAUCAGAUGGGUAGACUGCAGUAGCUAUAGGAUGACAGAAGGACUGUUUAUUG